GGAAAACAAAUCAGACUUUCUUUAAUUAAAAUAAUCAAUUAAUUUAUUUCUCCCACAAAAAAAAAAUCAAUUAAUUUAUUUCGUGUUCUAUGGGUAACACAAAGACAUAAAACAUAAUCCUUCAAUAUUUUCCUGGUUUAGAUCGAGAGAGAUGAACGGACUUCCUGAAUCGAUUCAUGUCAGAAAAAUAUUUUUAACUAAUAUCGCUCACAAGCAUUAUGAUUUUCCUACUCACAAUGGAUUUCAAAUGGUUAUGUGAUUCAUCAUGAUUUGUCCCAGUUCAUAAUGAUUUCCUGUAAGUUCAUUCAUUAAUAAUAAUUUGUUAAACGUGUGAAUUUUGGAGUACUACUUUUUUACGGUGCAUGGUUGGUAUAAAUUACUCCUAGAGAAUCUGCCACGAACACAUAACAAAGAUAGUGUAUAUACUUGUAUAGUAACAAAGCUCGUAAUGGGAAGUAAAGACUCUUGUCUCGACUCUUCCAGUCUGACAAACAUAGUCUAUUUUAAUCACACAUCACUUGAAAAGGUAAGUUGAGUUAAUAAAAAAAGCUUAUUAUUAACUAAACACGUCUUAUAUCCGUAAAUUCACAUUAAGAUAUUUUUAUAGUGCAGAUUUUGACUAACCUGUAUACAUCUAUUACGAAUUGUUUAUAACCCAAAUUACAACCUUUUACUUAAAGAAAGGGAAGGGAUAGAGGCUUUUGAACCUCUCUACGUUUACACAUUUUUCUUGUGACAAAAAUAAAAGUGUACACACACAUUUGGACAUCUUUUAUUUAUUUUAUAUAUAUACAUUGAGUAUUAAGCAUUAACCAUUCCACGCACGCAUACAUGAUCCUGAUUAAUAUUAUUGCAGUCAUUAUUAAUAAUAAUUCAAAGAAUUUUGGUUUCUUGGGGAUCUAGUGAAUAAUUAAUUGGGCACAACAAUAAUUAACCCUUUUAUUUUUUUUUAUGUCUAUAUAUAACAACUCCUUACACUAAACACCAAAGCCCCCUCAUUUUCACACCAGCGAAGAAGCAGCUCAUAAGAAAGAAUCAUUCAUUCCUCUUCCCCUUCCCGUCGCCGCCGCUGUAGAUGAAGAAAACCACCAUCGCCGCCGCCGUUCAAUAAUCAACAGUAUCAUCAUCUUCCUUUAAGAUGAGCAAAUCAUCAAGAUUUGUCCUCCUUCCAUUCUCCAUCGGCUGCAACUCUCACUCCAGCGUCCAGCUCGCCGGCGAUUCUCCCCCGGCCGCCGACCAACCUCCUCCCGACCAUCUUGAGCGCCACCGCUUUAAGAAGACCAAGAAGAAGAAGCGAAUUCCCUCGAAGUCGUCGGCCGGAAACCCGAGGGAAAGAGGAGGAAAUGAUGACGAAGAAGAAGAAGGGAGAGAAAGUAGCCGGCCAUGGUCGUCGGCGGCGUGGUGUGGUGGAGCUAUCGAGAAAAAGAAGAAGAGGAAAAAGCCGACCGUGCCACCAACAACUAACAAAUCUAUCACUGCCGCCGCCGGCGGCAGCGGAGGCGUCAACAAGUUCGUGACAACCAUCAAAGCUUCCAUAACUCAAUUAUUCGUGUACAGAGACGAAGAAGAAGAAGAAGAAGAUGAGGAAAUAGAGAUGGAGAUUGGUUUCCCUACCGACGUAAAGCACGUGACGCACAUAGGGCUGGAUGGCAACACGACCAUGGACAACAGUUCCAUGAAGGACGGUUGGGAUCAUAACCUCAAACCUCCUCCAGAGAUCAUCUCCUUCCCUUCCAUCUCCCUCAAGCAGUUUGAGCUGGCCAUGGCUGCCCAAGCUCAUGGCCAACACCACCACCACCUGCAGCUUCAACCUUGUGAAUGAUUUCCCUAACUUGAUUUUUUUUUUUUGGGAGUGAUUUGGACCUUUAUGCUGAAAUGAACAAGUGUGAUGAAUGGGGAUUAGUUUGUAGGAGGAGGAAAUGUCUUUUUCUUGUUUGUCCUUUGAAUGAUGAGUUCUUGUUUACAGUCUUUUUGUUGUUGCUGUUGAAGGGUUUGGAAUUGAGAUUCAUCUGUGUAUAUAUAUAGACAUUCAUUAAUACAUAGAUUGUUACAAAUGUUGAACAAUAUACCUCAGAUGAUUUG